UGUUGCUUUGGUAUAAACGUCAUCAGUCGGCCGUUAGUUGACCGCCAUCGCCCAAGCUUGCGACGAAUGAAUACUGCUAUCGCCAGUUCGGCACCGCCUUUCCUGCAGAUUGUGACAUCUGUUAUGUGCGCGUGUCGUUAGAUAAAGAAGUGCUGUGAUUGGAUUGCUUUCAUCCAACUGUGGAAUGGUUCCGGGGACCUGGCGCUGUCUUGUUCAAUUGUGCGGUUGAGGUGAGCUGAUCACCAUGGGCAAACUACUCUCGAAAAUCUUCGGGAACAAGGAGAUGAGGAUAUUGAUGCUGGGCCUAGACGCUGCCGGCAAGACUACUAUUUUAUAUAAACUAAAAUUAGGUCAGUCAGUCACAACGAUACCGACGGUCGGCUUCAAUGUGGAAACCGUCACGUAUAAAAACGUCAAAUUCAACGUCUGGGACGUUGGGGGGCAGGACAAAAUACGACCGCUAUGGAGGCAUUACUAUACGGGCACCCAGGGUCUAAUAUUCGUGGUGGACUGCGCAGACCGCGACCGCAUCGACGAGGCGCGCCAGGAGCUCCACCGGAUCAUCAAUGAUAGGGAGAUGCGCGACGCCAUCAUUCUCAUCUUCGCCAACAAGCAGGACUUGCCUGAUGCAAUGAAGCCACACGAGAUCCAAGAGAAGUUAGGGCUGACGCGCAUCCGCGACCGCAACUGGUACGUGCAGCCGUCGUGCGCCACGUCGGGCGACGGGCUCUACGAGGGGCUCACGUGGCUCACCAGCAACCACAAGUUAUGAGCUGCGGAGUAGGCGGCCGCCGCCGCCCGCCCCAAGCCCGCCGCUCGCACGCCACGGUGAGGAUAUCGAUGCCAUUUAAUUUAAGUAAACAGCGCGCGCGUUGAACCGAGUAACUUCCACGUGACCCAGUGUGUGUGAGCGUCACUGUAGUGCGUCGUCCGGACUCAAUUAAUAGCUAGAUCGAGUGAACAACGUCACACAAAUAUCAAAUCAAUUAUUCCAUUAUUUAAUUUAAAAUACAGAGCGAUUGUUGUAUCGAAAUGUUUGAUUAUUUUUUUAUGUUAUUUAAAAAGAAUGAUUACGUAGAGUAAAUGAGUUUUUAUUAUUAUUAUUACAAUUAAUUUAAUGUUUACCUCCAACUUUUGUAUGAUAGGUAGACAUUUGAAGUUUCUAAUUCAGAUGAAGAUCGAAUUGAUUAUUAUGAAGACAUGAGACGUGUGAAAUGUGAAUGCAAUUUUAAUUAUUAAAUUACGUAACGUAAAUAGCUUAAUGCACGCCUGCGAUUAAUGUAAGUGAGGUAGCUUGACUAUUGUCGUAUACUGGUCGACCGUUGACAGAACUCCGAGAGUAUAACGUAAUCCAUACAAACUGUAUGACACGGUAUUCUAGCUAGGGUUCUGAAUUCCAUGGUCGUUUAGUGCAUAAGGAAACCCAACUGUUUUUAUGUUAUAUUUUUAUAUUGUUAAGCUGGCCUAGACAAAUUUAGAAGUGUUGUUUCAUUGUAAUAUCAAAUAUUGGCAAUUUUUCUGUCACAAAAAAUAUAAUAUCUAUUGUAGUUUUCACUUAGAAACUUGUGUGGCAAUAAAUUGACGCUCAAAAUGUUUGGCAACUAUGCUGAAUAUCGCAAUUGUCAACAAUGUUGUCGCCAGUUUGAGCAACUGUUGCGUUCACAUUGUUCUCAAGUGAAAACGGGGCUUUAUUUUGACUAUUUUUCGGCCCUAAUUAUUUUUAGAAAAAUGUUGUAUUUUUGUUUAAUGAACUGUAAAAACUAAGAACCAAGUUAUAAACUCCCAUAUCACUUGGCCUCAAUCUGUAUAUGGCAAUAGUCAAGUCGCAAGGAUUUAACCGAAUACUGUACAUAUGAUGCCCAACGUUAUGUACAUACAAAACAGUGAGGGGUUGUUGAUUGGUCGAAGGUUUUCGUAGCUGUGACUGCUUCGCUUUCGAUGUAAUACUGAGGGUAGAUUGGGGACCAUCUUGUUUUGUGAGGCCCAGGAGGGGAUGAGAGGGACAGCAAUAUAUCUCUGUACCUUGUUUAACGUUAUUGGACGCAGACACAAAAAAAUGUGAUUUGGCUGUCCGCCAUAAGAAAAGUGCUAAGUAGAUUUUUUACUAAGCGUAUAUACGCGGAAGUUGGGCAAUAAUGCCAAAAAUAAACAAAACUGCAGGGCUACUUAGAAACGCUAUUUAUGUUCUUUCAAAUCUAUCAUCACUGUCGUUCAUGCUGGCAUCUCGCUUUGCGUGAGAGAGAUGGCAGGCAACAUUCGAAACUUCGGAUGACCACGAAGAAUGCUUAUUACAUAAGUUCAAGUUCCUCUCAUUAAUCCUGGGUGUUGCUCCAACUUAUAUUUGUUACAUUUUCUUGCCUCGUAUAUUUGAUUUGUUUACUCCUAGUGAAUUUGAUUCGAACGAAUGAAACAAUUUAUUGGUACUAUUUCCACUGUCAAUCUCACCUGUUAUAUGUGAUAAUUUAUCUGUACCUUUAUCAUUAUGUAUGUGCUAUUUGUACUGUGGAUUGAGUUAUUAUAAAGCCCGGUCUGUGA